GAGCCGCGCGGGCGGGCGGCGCAUGCGCGGGCGGGCGGGGCCGCGCCUGGGUUCCUGCCUGGCGCCGCAGCUCCGGCGCGGGGCGGCCCGCAGUUCCGGCUGAAGAAACGAACUCGAUCUACAUGUGCUUCACUACUCCUUGGAAGAAUGACAGAUGACAAAGACGUGCUUCGAGAUGUGUGGUUUGGCCGAAUACCAACCUGCUUCACGCUGUAUCAGGAUGAGAUAACCGAAAGGGAAGCUGAGCCUUACUAUUUGCUUUUGCCAAGAAUAAGCUACUUGACACUGGUAACAGACAAAGUGAAGAAACAUUUUCAGAAAGUUAUGAGACAAGAAGAAAUUAAUGAAAUAUGGUUUGAAUAUGAAGGUACACCACUGAAGUGGCAUUACCCGAUUGGUUUGCUCUUUGAUCUCCAUGCAUCAAAUACAGCCCUUCCUUGGAACAUCACAGUGCAUUUCAAGAAUUUUCCAGAAAAGGAUCUUCUACACUGCCAUUCUAAGGAUGUGAUUGAAGCUCAUUUUAUGGCUUGCAUAAAAGAAGCAGAUGCUUUAAAGCACAAAAGUCAAGUCAUCAAUGAGAUGCAAAAAAAGGAUCAUAAGCAACUGUGGAUGGGGUUACAGAAUGAUAAAUUUGAGCAAUUUUGGGCUAUAAAUCGAAAACUCAUGGAGUAUCCUCCAGAAGAUAAUGGAUUUCGAUACAUCCCAUUUAGAAUUUAUCAGGCAACAACAGAGAGACCUUUUAUACAGAAGCUGUUUCGACCAAUUGCUUCAGGAGGACAAUUGCAUACUUUGGGAGAUCUGCUAAAAGAUGUGUGUCCUAGUGCUAUCACCCCUGAAGAUGGAGAGAAGAAGACACAAAUCAUGAUUCAUGGAAUUGAGCCGAUGCUGGAAACACCAAUACAGUGGCUAAGCGAACACAUGAGCUAUCCAGAUAAUUUUCUUCACAUUAGUAUCAUUCCCCGACCUACUGAUUGAACCUUGGCUGUAUUGGUAUGAGGAUCAUUCUCAAGCUGGAAUUAUAAGGACACAUUAACUUCUUGCUUCAGUCAGUCUUGAGAGAGGCAGCCUGACCAGAAAAAAAAAAGAAAAAGAAGCAAAACAAGAAGUCCUCACUGCUGCAAGCCAAACAGGAAGAGAGAUCCUAUCAUCAGAUAAGGGCAAUUGGGCUGAUCUUAUUUUGCAUCACCACUGCUUUUCUUCACCGCUGUAAUUAAACUUCAGUUGCGAUAUGAAAGAAUUUACAGGACCUCUGCAAGUCUGCUGUUUUCUUGUAAAAUAUAAUGAAGCUGAAACUGUCAGCCGAAGAGCAAAUGGAAAUAUGCCACUCGAUUGUAUUUCUGAUUAACAAAUAAACAGGGCUAUUUCCUAAAGCGGUAGUGUUUCAACUUUGAGAGUGGAAACAUUGGUUUAAUUUUCUAGAAAGUUAGACACUGAGAGAUUUAGUUACCAAUAGCUUUUUGUAAAAGAUCAAAUUACUGUAAACCCAUCUUUCCUUAAUGAGAAUUUCAUGUUUACAGUAUGUGUAUUCGUAUGCAAAUGAUCUUUUAACUUUGAUAACAAGCAGUGAGAGAUUUUAAAAGUAAACCCAUGGCAUGUUUUGUCAUUUAAAAACAUGCACAACUUAAUAAUUUACAAAUACUUUUGAUUUGUAUGCUGUCACUGAGUACUCCAGUGUGUUUAUUAUUCCAACCAGUUUUCAUAGACUAGCAAUGAUGUGGGAUAAUUUGUCUCAGGAUUUGUCAUGGCAUUUCUUUGUUUUCAUCUAAUUUUUUUCUGUGAGAAUAUUUUCUUACAUUAGUUUAAAAAGUUUAAAAAAAAAAAAAAAGUAAACGGAUGUUGCAAACUAUUGUAUCCUGCUGUUUAUUCCCAUAGAACAGAAAACAGUUAAAUCAUAGAAUGAUGAACAGAUGUAUUACUUUUUAAUAAUUCUGAGUUUUGGAAAGCUGAGACUUUUCCAAGCUAAUACUUCCCUGCAUCUGAGUUUAGUUUUCUACUGUGGUCCCUGGGCAAUCAAUCUGAAAUUUGAAAGGUUAGAAUCUCAUUGCACAGAUUUUUACUUAUUUUAGCAGAUGUAUUUUUAGGUUACUGGGUUGCUUUGUUUUCUAAAUGUUUCUUACCAUUACAGCUGCUACUAGGACCCUACCGUUUUUUGUGUUAUGUUGAAUUCAUCAAACUAUGUGCAGUGUUGCUUUGUCUGCAGUUUCUGGUUGUUUGUGGCACGAGACUAUGUUUAUAGUAGACAUAUUAUCAAGUAUGUCAAAUAUUAUCAAAUAUAAAGAAAGCAUGACAUUUCUCUAUCAAAAAGAGUAGCUGUUGAAGUACCUACUUAAAAUUUUGGCUUGCAAAUGUCACGAUAACUGCCACUGUUAUUCUCAUUCUGCUUUCUUUCUGUUCUCCCUUUAUGGGAGGAUGCUUACCUGUUGCUGAAAAAAGAACAAAAUGGAAAUCAAUCAAACAAACAAAAACUCUUUUAGAAGCAUGGGGGAGGGAUCUCUCUGGGUGAGGAUAGAACUGAGGCUAGAAAAGCCCAAAGGGCAGAAAAAUGUCAAUAGAAUAGAUUAGAUCGUGUUUUAAAUGUAAAUGAGGAAAUGGCAUUAAGGAAAAGGAAGGGAAAAAAAAAGUAAUAGGGAAAUAAACAUAUGCUGUAUUCUGCAGGUCAUGAAUAACCUUUUAAAAGAAACGAAACAUGCUGAUCUGUGUUUAUGCAGAAUUGAAAUAUAAUAUUCUUAUAGGGGGGUGAUUUGGUUGAAUUAUUCUAAUUUCCAGUUCUGUUUGGAAUUUCUGGUAUGGUGCUGGAUUGGCAUUUAUAAACUUUCAUAGGCAGGCACAUCUAAAUAUUCUGGAGAAUCUCAAAGUCCUGCCAGUGGAUAAAGCAAAUAUUUUGUAGUCUUCAUAUUGAGGAAAAGAAAGUCUUUUGUAGAAUUAAUUUUUCCAUUAAUCAGGAUGAUGUUAUAAGAGGCAGUGCAUUAAAAAGCGUAAAGAUUGUUUCCUUCAUUUGAAGGUAAACUGGGGUAGGUCGCUGGCUAUUUUAAUGCAUGUUACACCAGCAGUUUAAGUAGAGAGUGCUCUUCUCGUGGCCCUUAUUUGCUAGUAAAUCCAACUUUAAAGGCCUAGCGUGAAACAAACAAAUAGCUUGGCUUUAAAACAUACUCGUUCCUAUUAAAUUAUUUAAACUUUAUUAAAAAAAAAUAGAACAAAGUUUGAGUCUGUCCUUAUUUCCAGCUAAAUAAGGAUUCUUGUCAUGGGGUGACAAAGCAUUUAAUUAAUACUUAAGAAGCAAAAGCUGCUUAAAGAGCUGGUUAGGUGAUGUGUCUAAACAAAAGGACUACAUCACAAAAAUGAACUGGAGUCUUUGCUACCUGAUUCUAAUCACAUUUCUAUACUUUCUGCUGCUUAGUGGGUGAAUAACAAUAGCAACAGGAGGUGCAUUGUGGCUUAAUUAAAUACUUCACUUUGAAAUGCUGCAACUUCAAGAACAAAACAAAAAAACAGAUCUGGUCUAAAUUGUUCAGAAACUGAAAUAGUGCUCACUAAACUUAUUUCAAUGCUAAUGAAUAGCGCCAGGUACACACACACACACAUACAUUCCUCUACCUUGAGAAUUUAAGCGCAUCCAGUGAGUCAGUUAAAGCACAAUUUUAGAGCAAGAAGCAGAGCUUGUUGUUCACUGUAUUUCACGUUUGGCAAUGGCUACUUCAGUUUUUGAAUACUCGAUGAAGAAAGAGUGAAUUUUCCAGUGCUUUCUUUGAUCUUUGAUACCACUGACUGUCACUCAGCAUGCUGUCAAUCAGCACACAAAACCAUGCCUUUUCAUUAAAAGCUAGAAAUUGAUUAUUUUACUUUUAUUUUCCAUGAAUUCUUUGGCAAAAAAAAAAAAAAGUAAGAGCACAGAAAAUAAAUUCAUACAGGUAAAAAGAAAAAAUCAGAGGACCUUGCCACUACUGGGAAGAAAUUGUACUUGGUAUUUGAAGGAUGGAUAACUGUGAAAAAUGAAGAAUUAGGAAAGGUGCACAAUUGAAUAUACAGACAGUGCAUAGGGACAAAUAAGGAUUUCUGCUCGAAAAGGCAUAGCAAGAACUAGGUAAUCAUGCAAUGUUGUGUUAUGCUGCUAAAGCACACGUAAUUCUGGUUUCACAUUAAGCACAGAAAAAUCAGAAAAGGGGGGAAAAUUAUUUGUCGGCAGGGGCAGUAGUUCUCCAGUGGGAUAUUGUGUGCAGUUCUGAGCUCCCAUGGGCAAGAAGGAUAAAUUCAGACUGGAAUAGGGACAGUGCUGCUUUAGUGGCAGAAAUGCAAAUACUGCUGGGAAUACAUAGUGGUGUGAUUAGGGAAUCUUGCAGGAAUGUGAAGAAAUAAUAAGUCUUAAGGACAAAUAAAACAAAGGAACAUGCACUAGGAAUCAACCAUUAAUAAACUUACAGAAGGGAAAACUACUGAGCUACUUCCAGUUACUUCACCACCACAGGUUUUAGGUGCGGUGGAACAAGCCAAUGUGAGGUUAAUUACAAAAAUGGCAAGAGACUCGGUGACUGGGAAAAUCCUUUCCGUUCUGUGUCGUGACAGCCAGAUAUCUAUCAGCUGAUGAAGACUCUUGAUCAUCGCUUCCAGUAUUUAUAUGCUGCACAAUUAUGGCAUUUUUUCAUUUCCUUUCAUGAUGAGUGAAAAUCCAUGUCUGUGCAGUGAUGGUAACUUGUGUUUUUUUUUUGAUUUCGAUGUUUUGGAAAACGCAUGUCAGCUGCAGAAGUGUAUUAGCGCCCUCUUUGAAGACUUUUAGGACUAAAAAGUCACCCUGCACUUUAGGGAGUGUUUUAAGCAAAUAUCACAACUUGCCAGUGGUAGUUUAGCAAAUCAAGGGGCUUGAUAAGAAGAGAACAGAUGAAUUCCUUUUGUGGGUGCUUUUCAGAUUGAAUGUUAUUUGUAAUAAUGAUUUUAAACUCUUGAAACAAUCUAGAUGUUUGCCUGCAAAUUCAGCAGUAGCAUAGAGAAUGUAUUUACUCAUGUGGUACUCCAUGCAAUUAUGCAACCAGUCUGAACAUCUGCAUCAACAUAAUACUAAUAUUGAUGCAAUCAAGUUGUGCUAGAGGGGGUGGUUGAGAGGGCUCCUGUGAGUGCCAUUGUUCUGGUGUUGCACACAGAUCGGGUGUGGAGUUUGAGUGCCUCUCUGGCUUGUGCUACUGCUUUUUCCAAACUUUGGCCUUCUAGCAAAACCGAAAUUACUCUGUAAGAUGUUUACUGAGAAAAUAACGUUUUUCAGAUCUGUUUUAGCAGUCCCUGCUUAUUUGGAUGGGAAGGAGAUUCCCGAGGUGAUUUGCACAGAGGCUUUUACAAUAUGGUAUCACACAGAAUGCAUUUCUGCAUUAAAGCAGGUAGGUAUCUGUUGUGUGCUAAAAUUUCUGGUUUUGAGACAGGGAUGGUGACAUUUCAAAAUGUCAUGCUAACCCUGACUAAUAUCUUCUUAGAGAGGUAAAAAAGAUGUGAAGUUUCAAAUGCUCAGAAGUAGAUUUCAGAUCUCUGUACUUUUAAGUCAUACCAUCAAAUUUGCUUGUAGAAGAGGAGUUUAAAGUGAGAUGUUUUCUUUCUUUCCCUCACCGUUCAUGUCUCCAAGAUUCAAGUAAUGAAUUUAACUGUGAAAUGAAACAUCAGCUUCUCUAAAUGGUAGAUUGAAGAACACACAAGAAUACAAAACUUUUUUCAAAUACAAGUAUGCAAACAGAUAAAUGGAGAUAAGUUUCGUGUAGUUCAGGCUUUUAUGGGUAUAAGACUGCAGUUAUAUGAAAUUUUUCCACAUGGUUUUAAUAAUACUGGAUAAAAAUGCUGAGGUAGAAGAGAGGUAGUCGUGAUAAAGCUGGAGGUUGGCGGAGCUCUACUUUACUGCACUUGAAACUGCCAAAAUGCGUCAGAUUUUAAAAUAGCACUUUCCAUUGAAGAUGUUUAAAGCCUUAAUCCUUGCAUCAUUUCACUAAUAUAGGUCAACAGAUAUAAUAAAAUGAAUACGUUGUGGGAACAAACGUGUGAUCUAGUUACUAACACACAUUAUAUUCUUAGUCUUCAUGGUAAUUGUGAGUAUUGUAAGGUGGAAAGGGUAAAACUGCUACGUGAUUUAUUUUGCACCUCCCAGAAUUUGGAGGAUCGCUUGUAGGACUGUGUUUUGCAAGUUCACAUGCGCGUCGUAACCGCUACUAGAAGUUCGAUCCUCCUUCAAAGAAAGCGGAGCUGUGCUGAGGGAAAAAAAAACAACAGUAGUAUUGUUUGCUAAACCUUCCCGUCCACCCCCCAUCCACCCUGUUUAGUUGCCCUUUUCAUACACACCAGGUGAUUUUAAGAGAGAAAUAGCAUUCUUGUUUGCUUUGCGAUUUGUUACAAAAACACAAAACCUGCUACAGGAUUUUUGCACCUGCUUUGAUGUGAAUGAAGCCUUCGGUGGGUGCCUUACAAGCACAAGGCAGGCGGAGAAAGUGCUCGUGUACCAAAUGCAAAGCUGCUGGUGGCUUAGUGCACGCAUGCCAUAGGUACGUGCCAUAGGAUAUUUUGGGUCUGGUGUGGCUCAGUGAAUAGGAGACUGGGGUGAGAGCAGGGAUGUGGGCUGGAUUCCCAAUGCUGAAGCUGCUGUACA